GACCCAACACAUGCCUGGAGCGGGGGAUUAGAUAAUCAGUUGAAAAUGCACGACCUGAACACGGAUCAAGAAAACCUCGUCGGAACUCAUGAUGCCCCUAUCAGAUGUGUUGAAUACUGCCCAGAAGUCAACGUGAUGGUUACCGGGAGCUGGGAUCAGACCGUGAAGUUGUGGGACCCCAGGACUCCUUGCAAUGCUGGCACCUUCUCUCAGCCUGAAAAGGUGUACACCCUCUCGGUCUCUGGAGACAGGCUGAUCGUGGGCACGGCGGGCCGCAGGGUGCUGGUGUGGGACCUGCGCAACAUGGGCUACGUGCAGCAGCGCCGCGAGUCCAGCCUCAAGUACCAGACGCGCUGCAUCCGGGCCUUUCCCAACAAGCAGGGCUAUGUGUUGAGCUCUAUCGAAGGCCGCGUGGCGGUGGAGUACUUGGACCCAAGCCCCGAGGUGCAGAAGAAGAAGUAUGCCUUCAAGUGCCACCGGCUGAAAGAGAACAACAUUGAGCACAUCUACCCGGUCAAUGCCAUUUCCUUCCACAACAUCCACAACACAUUUGCCACAGGUGGCUCUGAUGGAUUUGUAAAUAUUUGGGAUCCGUUUAACAAAAAGCGACUGUGCCAGUUCCAUCGGUACCCCACCAGCAUCGCGUCCCUGGCCUUCAGCAACGACGGCACGACGCUGGCAAUAGCAUCAUCGUAUAUGUAUGAAAUGGACGACACGGAGCACCCCGAAGACGGCAUCUUCAUUCGCCAAGUGACAGAUGCAGAGACAAAACCCAAGCCACCAUGUACUUGACUAGAUUUCAUUUGCUUAAAUGCCAUGUUGAUGAUGAUAAAACAGUUCCUACUCUCUAAUGGUGGAUUUAUUACUAUUAACAAAGAAACCGGAGAAAACAUUAAUUUUAAUAUUAUAGGAACCUACAAAUAAGGGAUAAGAGGUUUUUAUUGAUUUUGUUUGUAAACAAACACUUUUCUUAAGUGCAUGAGAUGGCUUGGUGGUUUGCUGUGUUAAAGGUAUUCGGGCAAACGAAAUUGGAGGCAGUGACUGCGCUUUUGAGAGUCAGUCUGACCUUGCUGGUUUUGUUUCUGUGUGGCAGUAAAUGUGUGUAAAGAAAUAUAGGUAAUAAAAUCCCUUUGCGUU